ACAAAAGUGUCAAUAUGUCUUCCAGUAGGCUGAAAGUUGUCUUAUCAAUAAAUCAACUUAUAUCAUAAAGUAUAGUACCAAACAGGAGUUCCAAUAUUGUUUGGUAAAUAAAGCAUUUAUUGUAGACUCAGCCCCGCCUUCCUCAUCUUCUACGAGGAGUCCAUGUCGUGUUUUCAUGCUGACUGCAUACUUGAUGCUCCUUCUUCCUAAUUGCGUGAGCAACUUUAUCUCUGCAGCAGACGGCGGCAAAACGACCUUCAUCUCCCCAUGUCGACUGACCUUUACACCUUCUCCAGCGACUCUCUCCCCGGUGACCCCCGCUUCCUUCCUCCACUGGCCAAUGGCCUUUUAGGAUGGAGAGUCUACAGCGACAUCCUCCACGUGGGGGCGGUGUACAACGGGGAAAGAGGGGACUGUCACCGUGCAGAUGUCCCCUGUCCUCUGGCCGUGACGGUUGUGAUGGAGGAAGGUGGCCAGGACUCCUUCAGCCUUGAUGCCUACAAUGGUGUUUUCACACGCACACUGACCUCACCUGGCGCCACAGUCUCGCAGUCUUUUUACUCGCACCGCUACCACUCCAACCUGAUGGUGAUGGAGAUUCUCUUGGUGCGCCACGCGCCCUCAGAAGUGGCGCUCGCAGUCAACCUGGUCACUUCCUUCCUGCCUCAGAGCAAAGACAUCCCUUUUCAGUCUGGACCCGAUUACAAAGGUGGAAGAUACAUCUUAGGUCAGACCAACACUGCAGAGUUCCCUGGAGGUCCACAGCCCACAGUUCACCUGAUCUGGACCCCAAUUCCCUCCACAGUGACGCUGCCGCCCGAGCGGAGCCAGGAUCGCUGGUGCUUCAUUGUGGCUGUGGCCGACUCUUUAGACGUGGUUGAAGCUAGUUUUGACGAGGGCCUGGAACUGAUGGCGACGGGUGACCUACGUCCCUCUCAUGAAAAGUCCUGGCAGGAGCUGUGGCUGCACAGCAAAGUGGAGAUGGUGGGCUCAGAGCGCCUCUUGAAGGCUGUGAUCAGUUCUAUGUUCUAUCUACUCAGCGCCUUCCCCUCCAUACAUGACACCUCCUGCUUUUUUGGUGGAGUCAGUCCAGGCGGGCUGUCGAAUGGCGGGGAGGGUCAGGAUUAUUGGGGCCACGCCUUCUGGGACCAGGAGAUGUGGAUAUACCCCACUGUGGCUUUAUUCUACCCCAAGCUGGCCCGAGCAGUGCUGGAGUACAGGGUGCAAACUGUGGAUGGCGCUAAAUACAACGCACAGAGGCAGGGUUACAAGGGGCUGAAAUUUCCAUGGCAGAGUGCUGUGUCAGGGAGGGAGAUGUGCCCUGAGGACAUUUACGGAGAGCAAGAGAUUCACAUCAACGGAGACGUUGCACUGGCCUUUCAAAAUUAUUACUACCUCACUGAGGACGCGUCAAUGUUCACAGAAGGACGGGGCAGUCAGCUGAUUUGGGACUUGGCCGAUUACUGGGUUUCCAGGGUAACGUGGAGCACCGAGGACCAGAAGUAUCAUAUCUUAGGUGUCAUGCCGCCUGAUGAGUACUACUACAACGUCAGCAACUCUGUCUACACAAACACAGUGGCUAAAUUGAGUUUACAAUUUGCUGUGGAACUAGCUGAUCUUCUCAAGCACCCUGCACCAAACGAAUGGCAAGAUGUGGCUGAAAACCUCCAAAUACCUUUUGACCAACAAUCUCAAUACCAUCCUGAGUUUGAAGGCUAUACCAAAGGAUGUACAGUGAAACAGGCUGAUGCUGUGAUGCUGAGCUAUCCUCUGGGACUGCCCAUGUCCCUUGAGAUCAGAAGAAAUGAUCUUGAAGCUUACGAGGCAGUCACAGAUCCUCUUGGACCAGCCAUGACUUGGGGCAUGUUUGCAAUUGGAUGGCUUGAGCUGGGGGAAGCAGAGAAAGCUCAACAAUUACUUGAAAAGUGCUUCAAAAACAUUCAAGGACCUUUCCAGGUGUGGAGCGAGACAUCGGACGGCUCGGGUGCAGUCAACUUCUUAACUGGUAUGGGAGGGUUCUUGCAAGCCGUAGUGUUUGGUUACACUGGCUUCAGAGUUCAGAAAGAAUGCCUGGCCUUUUCCCCACUUCUUCCCAAUGAGCUGAGUGAGCUUUGCAUCCGCGGAGUCAGCUACCUGGGCAAUCGGAUGGACUGGCUCUUUAGAAAACACGAGGUUUGCAUAAUACUGAGGGAGCCGGAAGCUGGUGACGGGUUUGCGAAGAGGUGUGAUCUGCAGGUGGUCCUCAAGUCAUCAGGGACUAAAAUCCCUUUGACUCCAGGGACGCCAGUAAUGUUUCCUCGAGAACCUGGAUGUGUUUGUAAACUUCAACUGUCAUCUUUCUGCUGGCCUCUCUGAGAGAAGACUCAGGCGGUUCUAAUCGCUACACACACCUUAUAAAAUGUGCUAUAUACCGUGACAUCAUGAUUGCUGCCGCACUAUAUGCCAAAUAUUUGUGCAAAAAACGGCUUAGUAUAUGAACUUAACAAAAAAUACAACUAGGCCAAUAUAAAUUAAUCAUCACUGUAAAACUGUGUUCACAUAAAGAGAUAAAAAUACAAAA